UGCUGCAACGAUAAAGAAAUGAAUUCAAGCAUAUUUCAUGGCACAGCUGAGAACGGCCUGCGGCAUGAUAAGAUUGUUAUACUGGAUGCGGGAGCACAGUACGGCAAGGUUAUCGAUCGAAAGGUGCGGGAACUGCUCGUUGAAUCGGAUAUACUGCCCCUAGAUACACCAGCGGCAACGAUACGGAAUAAUGGCUAUCGGGGCAUAAUCAUAUCCGGCGGCCCCAACUCUGUGUAUGCCGAGGAUGCGCCCACGUACGAUCCGGAUCUGUUUAAGUUGAAAAUUCCCAUGCUUGGCAUUUGCUAUGGCAUGCAGCUAAUCAACAAAGAGUUUGGCGGCACCGUUCUCAAGACGGACGUCCGGGAAGAUGGCCAACAGAACAUUGAGAUUGAAACCUCGUGCCCGCUGUUCAGCCGCCUGAGUCGCACACAGUCCGUACUGCUCACCCACGGGGACAGCGUAGAGCGAGUGGGGGAGAAGCUAAAGGUGGGGGGUUGGUCCACGAACCGCAUUAUCACGGCCAUCUACAGCGAAGUGUUGCGCAUCUAUGGCGUUCAGUUUCAUCCAGAGGUGGACCUAACCAUCAACGGCAAACAGAUGCUAUCAAAUUUCCUCUAUGAAAUCUGCGAACUAACACCAAACUUCACAAUGGGCAGCAGGAAGGAGGAGUGCAUACGCUACAUACGAGAGAAAGUUGGCAGUAAUAAAGUCUUGCUCUUGGUCAGUGGCGGAGUGGAUUCAAGUGUUUGUGCAGCCUUGUUGCGACGUGCCCUCUAUCCUCAUCAGAUAAUUGCCGUGCAUGUGGAUAAUGGUUUCAUGCGCAAGAACGAAAGUGAAAAGGUGGAACGUUCGUUGCGCGAAAUUGGCAUCGAUUUGAUUGUACGAAAGGAAAUCUAUACGUUCCUCAAGGGCACCACGCAAGUGAAGCGACCCGGCCAAUAUUCGGUCGUUGAGACGCCCAUGCUCUGUCAGACCUACAACCCCGAGGAGAAGCGCAAGAUAAUUGGUGAUAUAUUCGUAAAGGUGACCAACGAUGUUGUGGCCUUUCUGAAACUCAAACCCGAAGAAGUUAUGCUCGCCCAGGGCACCCUAAGGCCAGAUCUAAUUGAGUCCGCAUCGAAUAUGGUCAGCACGAAUGCCGAAACAAUCAAAACGCAUCACAAUGACACGGAUCUGAUUAGAGAACUGCGCAAUGCGGGACGCGUUGUGGAGCCAUUGUGUGACUUUCACAAGGAUGAAGUACGAGAUUUGGGCAAUGAUCUGGGUCUGCCCCCAGAGCUAGUCGAGCGUCAACCCUUCCCAGGUCCCGGUCUGGCCAUCCGUGUGCUGUGCGCCGAGGAGGCCUAUAUGGAAAAGGACUAUUCAGAGACUCAGGUAAUUGUGCGUGUUAUUGUGGACUAUAAGAACAAACUGCAGAAGAAUCAUGCGCUCAUCAAUCGAGUGACGGGCGCCACCAGUGAGGCCGAACAAAAGGAGCUGUUGCGCAUCUCUGCCAACUCCACGAUUCAAGCUACCCUGUUGCCCAUACGGUCGGUGGGUGUUCAAGGCGACAAGCGUAGCUACAGCUAUGUGGUGGGUCUGUCCACGAGUCAGGAGCCCAACUGGAUGGAUCUGCUCUUUCUGGCCAAGAUCAUACCGCGCAUUCUGCACAAUGUGAAUCGGGUAUGCUAUAUCUUUGGGGAGCCCGUCCAGUAUCUGGUCACAGACAUAACGCACACAACCCUCAAUACGGUGGUGUUGUCGCAGCUCCGGCAAGCCGAUGCCAUUGCAAAUGAGAUUAUCAUGCAAGCUGGAUUGUACAGGAAAAUCUCACAGAUGCCAGUCGUUCUGAUACCCGUGCACUUUGAUCGGGAUCCCAUCAAUAGGACGCCCUCCUGCAGAAGAUCGGUGGUGCUGCGUCCAUUCAUAACGAACGACUUUAUGACUGGAGUGCCGGCUGUGCCUGGAUCAGUGCAACUGCCUUUGCAAGUCCUUAAUCAAAUGGUGCGCGACAUAACCAAGCUGGAUGGAAUCUCGCGGGUACUCUAUGACUUGACCGCCAAGCCGCCGGGUACCACUGAGUGGGAAUGAUGCGCUCAAACCAAAUCUUUCAACAGCCAUUUCAUAGAAAUAGAGGAAACAAUAAAACCGAACAGCAGCAGCAAUCGUACUAUGCGGGAGCUUCAGAGUAGGACAAAAGCGAAGGAUCGAUCGAACGAUCCAGUCUUGCCGCCCGAUGCAAAGCGACGCUUGAUAGCUGAUCCCGAUAACGAUCCUGAACCUGACCCUCCCCCGAUAGAGAGCUGCCUUUAAGAGAUUGAAACGAGAAACGAGCGGAGAGAGUAACUGAAGCGUAAAUACAACUAUAGAUAGCGCCCGCUUUUGAAACAACAACAAAUCAGGUUCUUAAUAUCGAUAAAUGUUUGUAAUUGAUGCGCAAUUAAGCAAAAAAGGAAAGGCAAACUGUUUGCCCUACCCACCCCCCUAAAAAAUACUAAUUAUGUACAUUUGCAUGUUUUCUUCCUUUUAUGAAAAGGAAAUGCCUACACCCCGUAACCCCUCCCUAAAAAAAAAAAACAAAGUAAAACAAACAAUUAAUUUACGCAUUUUUAGUUAUAUACAUAAAGAAAUAUAUGAUAUAUAUAUAGAGAUGAUGAUAUAUAUAUCUUCGUACAGAUAUUAAAUAAAUACAAAAAAAAAAUGUCCCAGUUCUGAAAAGUUGUAAGAGGAAAGUGUUUUCCCGGGCAAAAGAAAGGCAUGUGUUUGCAAAACAGAAAAAGAAAUACAAAUUGUAAGAAUAUAUAAAAACAAGAAAUAUUAUAUUAUAAGCUAAAAUUAUGAAUUGUUAUAAAAACGUCUAUAUUUAAAGAAUGGCAAAAAUAAAAGAAACAAAACCCGAUUACGAUGAUACAAGAAAAAAUGUAAUAAAACGAACAAGCGAUUUACAAGCA